AUAGAAGUAAAAUAAUACACAUGAAAUGUGGUUCACUCUAUGAGCGUCGAUCAGCACCGUCACAGCGGGGCGCCGCCGCCGUGUUCCGACCGCCGAUCAACAAACCCAACGACGGCAUGGAACUCUCGGCUGCGAGAGCUAUCAAAGCAACGACAAUACAGAGAAGCCCUAACCCUAUAUCGCCACAUGCUCCGUUCCUCCUUCUUCCCCAACCCCUACACAUUCCCCUUUCUCCUCAAAUCUUGUGCCCUUCUCACACUUCCCCUCACCGGUUCCAUGCUCCAUGCCCACGUCAUCCGAACCGGUUCUCAACCCGACCCGUUUACCCGCUCCUCCCUCAUCUCCAUGUACUGUAAAUGCUCCCUCCUCCACUACGCGCGCAAAGUGUUCGACGAAAUGCAAAAUCUAACCAUUUCUUACAACGCUAUGAUUUCUGGCUAUUCAUUCAACUCCAAGCUCGUUGACGCCGUCUAUUUGUUCCGUCAAAUGCGGAGGGACGAUGAGGGGGUGGAUGUUAACACCGUUACCGUGUUGGGUUUGGUUUCUGGGUGUUCUAUUCCUACCCAUUUCAACAUUGGGGUUUGUCUUCACGGUUGUACUGUUAGGUUGGGGUUUGAUGCUGAUUUGGCUGUGGCGAAUAGUUUGGUUACAAUGUAUGUCAAGUGUGGGGAAGUUGAAAAAGCGCGCCAAAUGUUUGAUGAAAUGCCUGUCAAGGAUUUGAUUACGUGGAAUGCUAUGAUUUCUGGGUAUGCGCAAAAUGGGCAUGCUAGGCUUGUUUUGGAGCUUUAUGGUGAGAUGAAGUUGAGUGGGGUGAGUCCGGACCCUGUUAGUUUUCUUGGGGUUUUAUCAUCUUGUGCGAACCUUGGAGCGCAAGGCAUUGGUCGGCAGGUGGAACGACAGAUAGAACGAUGUGGGUUUGGUUCUAAUCCGUUUUUGACAAAUGCUCUUAUCAAUAUGUAUGCUAGGUGUGGUAAUUUGGUUCGGGCGCGGGAGAUUUUUGAACGUGUGGUUGACAAGAGUGUUAUUUCGUGGACUGCAAUCAUUGGCGGGUAUGGAAUUCAUGGACAUGGGGGAGUUGCGGUGGAUCUUUUCGGUGAGAUGGUUAAGUCGGGUGUUAGGCCGGAUGAAACGGUUUUUGUGACUGUUCUUUCUGCAUGCAGCCAUGCAGGGUUGACUGAUAAGGGGUUGAAAUACUUUGAGGACAUGGAGAUGAAGUAUGGCUUGCAGCCUGGUCCAGAGCAUUACUCUUGUGUGGUUGAUCUUUUAGGUCGGGCAGGUAGAUUGGACGAAGCUAUGAAUCUCAUAAAGUCGAUGAAGGUGAAACCUGAUGGUGCUGUUUGGGGUGCCCUUUUGGGUGCUUGCAAGAUUCAUAAAAAUGUAGAGUUAGCAGAGUUGGCCUUUCAGCAUGUAGUUGAGCUUGAACCUACAAAUAUAGGUUACUAUGUUUUGUUAUCAAACAUAUACACUGAUGCUAAGCACUUAGAGGGGGUUUUGAAAGUUAGAGUCAUGAUGAGGGAACGAAAGCUUAGGAAGGAUCCAGGGUGCAGCUAUGUAGAAUACAAAGAAAAAGUGCACCUUUUUUACUCGGGGGAUUUAAGCCAUCCCCAAUCUAAGGAGAUAUAUAGAAUGUUAGAUAAAUUGGAAAAUCUUGUUAAGGAAAUUCAUCAACCAGAUGAGAAAUUUCAAAGGAGGAGUGAAGAACUCUUAGUUGGUACAGGGGUGCACAGUGAAAAAUUGGCAAUUGCAUUUGGCCUCUUGAACACUAGGAGUGGAACAGAGAUUACUGUCAUGAAAAACUUGAGAGUGUGUGUGGAUUGUCAUUUAUUUAUUAAGUUAGUAAGCAAGAUUGUUAAUCGCCAAUUUAUAGUUAGAGAUGCCACUCGCUUUCACCAUUUCAGAGAUGGAAUCUGCUCUUGCAAGGACUACUGGUAAAACCAAAGCAGAACUAUUUCAGAAACUUUGGCUUUUGAUAGAGCACAAUGAUGUCCGACCUCAACUAGUUUGUUGGUGGUGGUGGUGAUGGUGAGUGAGGUCUGAGAAUGCAUCCAUGUUGGGAAAUUAUAUAAAAUAUGAAUGAAAAAAAAUCUUUAAAUGCUCUCAAGUGUGGAAAGGAAGACUGCCACUACAGCACAGGACGUGCAACUUUUACUGAAAAGUGUAUGUCAUGCUUCAUUUGCUGACAUAUACAAGAAGUUAAAGGAAAAAAGUAAGCUAUCUGGCGUAGCACAAUCAAUGCUGUGUCUGCACAAAGUUGGUCAUGAUACUCCAGAAAUUCAAGGUUAAUUAUUUUGUGCAAAGGGGGUUUCCCUUCCAGUUUUGUCCACCCUAACAAAUAUUUAAUCAUUCCAAUUGAUAUUGACAAUAGAAAAUUCACAAUCAAUGCUGUUUUCAGUAUGUUUAUUGAUGAGACUGUAGAGCU